UCAAUUUGACGGAGCCGCAGCCUGCAGCAGAGGCGUUCAUUGACACAUGGGGAAAUGAUGAGCAGCAGCAACAGGGGGAGUGGGACUGAGGCCUCCCAUCCAGAUGCUCUGCCCAGCAGCCCCGCCCCUCUGAACAUGAACCACUACACCAACAAGAAGAGUGCAGCAGAGAGCAUGCUGGAUGUGGCUCUGCUGAUGGCUAAUGCUUCCCAGCUGAAGGCAGUGCUCGACCAGGGGCCUGACUUCUCCUUUUACACCCCAAUUGUCACCCUAAUCAGCAUCUCCCUCUGUCUGCAGGUCACAGUUGGGGUCCUGCUUAUCUUCAUAGUUCGAUGGGACCUGAAUGAUGAACAAAAACAUUGGAGGUUAGACAUUUUGGAGGACUUGGCUACAUGUCUGGUUUUUAUCAUAGUGGUCGUGAAUGUCUUUAUUACAGCAUUUGGAGUCAACAAGCCAAACUAAUGUGAAUGAACAACAACACACAGGUGUUUCUCUUCGGAUCACAGUAUCCCAUCUCCUUUGCUGCUCCUUGUUCUCUCUACAAGCAAUUUGCCUUAAAGACAUGCAUGCAGUCAGCAUAUUUUUGGUCCUCACCUCCCCUGACCCGACCUUCACAAUCCCCCUACCUGACCUAAAAACACACUGACCUCUCCAGGCUCUCAGAGAAUUUUCCACCGGAAAACAACACAAAAACAAAAAUCCAACAGCUGGCUCAUUUACCAGAAAAUCAUUGUACUGCACACCGCUGCAGGCGGAGCGAACAAGAGAGAAACAGCAGAAAUUACAAUGGGGUCUGGUGCAUAAACAACCCAACAUUUGUUUCUGGUGGACAAACAGGAAAGUGGAGACAGCAGCAGUCCGGCACAUGUGACCUCAUGCUGUCUGUCUCCUUUGCUGCGGGAGUGAACUAAAGCCCUGCCAGACUACAAAUGCACAGUUACACAUGCAUAAAAAUGGAAAAACAGGCUUCAAUUUUUAAUGAUAUCAAUGACGUUCGUGCAAGAUGUCAUGGUUUCUGUCUGGAUUGCUUGGACUGGUGUCAUGGGGCAACUGAGGGAAUGUACACAGAACAGGGUGUGCCUCAUGUGAGUCAAAGAGCUGUCCAACCUCUGCAGGUUAACCCUUCAGCACAGCUGUCCACAACCACAGGCCACAAGCCUAACAUGACAUUAAAACAAUGUUUGGUUGUGCCUCGACUCUCUGAGCAAAGCUGGAGUGUGUCUGUGGUUCUCUGGACCGGCAGCUGGUGAAUUCAUCAACACAGCACAGAGCCCAGCUGAACCGCUUGUUAAACUGUAAGCCUUAAUUAGACAGUGUUUCAGCAAUGUCACCUAAACCCCAAAUUAGAGCAAAAGCAAAUGCUCAAUUUACACACUCGACUUUUUAAACAAAACCAGUUUAGUCCGUUUUAUAAAAUCUGCAAAACACGUGAAGAUUAUUAAGACUGGUAUGUAGAAUUUCUUCUAUAGGAUCGUGACAAAGCACCUUUGAGAUGACAAACCAACGUCACAAUCUGAUCCUCUUCCUCCUCCACAACUAUCAUUGGUUACCUUGGAAACAGGACGACUUGCAGAGAGCUAGAUUGAUGACACACACAGCUCCACUCAGAGCAGAUCUGUAGACUGAUAUAGAUACAUAAUGUAUGUCUGCGGCUCCCACACUUCUGGCUCCAUCUCAGUCCUGGCUCAGUAGGGGUCUCACUUUCAGAGGAUGCUGAUGAUCAAGGAGGAGUUUUAGCUUGGUUGAAGCAAUACGGAUCCCUCUUGGGAAUGAUGGAUACCAGCAUUCAAACUGGACAAUCACCCUGGUGACACUUCAACCCCCCCUCCCCUGCCCUCCACUUCCUCUCUGAGUCCCCUCUUCAUAUUCACUGCUCUGUCUCUGCAGAGAUGUCAGAGGAGGAAAAGUGCAGCUCAAAUCUCCAGGGUUCAGACACCUGAGCUCUCCAGAAGAGCAGAACUGUAUAUAAACCAUCUAUGAUGUGGCCAUUUCCCCACUGAGUUGUCAUAAUCAGUAAUACUUUAAAGGGCUUCAAGUGAGUAUGACAUUUACGCACUCUGUACAAAGGCCUAUCUUGAGCAGUCAAUGGUGUGCAUUUAAUUAAGACGGCUUUAUUCAUCGAUCAGUUUGAUUAAUUAUUCAUUUAUGUUGGUUGUCUGUAGCCCUGGAUUGUCAUUGUUAUAGUACACCACAACGCCUUCUUCCCUUGUUUCUAAUUUUGGUGAACUGAAUGAGGCAGCGCCCUCUAGUGUUUUUAUUGAUGCCAUUCAAUCCAAACUCUAUUUCAUGUUCACAGAGCGAACAUUGGUUUGUGUAAUGUACAUCUUUGUCAAUUCUUUGUUAUUCUAAAUUUAAAAAACAAGAUAGAACUUCAGGUUGUGUCGGACAUGUUU